GACACGAAUAUAGUUAAGAAUGGUUGAUGUUUGUCUAGAACUGGAUUUUAUAUUUAAUUACACCAACUUCUACCAUUAUAAUUGCUCUAAUUAAACAUAUUUAACCUUAAUUACCUGUGAUACGUCAGCAUUGUCAUCAUCAUCAUCCAGUAAAUCAUUAGCAUCAUCAUUAAUGGCCUCUGUGAUGCUAGCAAUGGCGCCAUCAAGUGAUAUAAUGGCGGCAAGUGUUAAAAUGUCGUCUUCUCCAUUAUCUAUUUGGAGACUAGUUGCGGUCAAUGCAGUAGUUGCAGGUCUGGAGAUUGCUGCCUGUGUUGCUUUCACUUUUAUUCCUCCAUUAUUGCUCAAGUCUGGGUUCUCAGAAACCGAGAUGACAAUUGUUCUCGGCAUUGCUCCUUUCAUAGCCUUGUUUACUGUUCCUGAGUUGGGUAAAUGGUCUGAUAGAUGCACUAGUAGGCUGGGGAGAAGACGACCUUUUAUUCUCCUCAUGUCUGCCAUUUUAGUCUUUUCUCUAAUUCUUCUCUUCGUAGGACAGACUCUGAGUCUUGAAUCUAAGAGCAUGAAGUUGGUUCUACUAGCUGUAGGAGUUGUAUUACUAGACUACUCAAGUCAGGCAGCUAUCAAUCCUUGUGAAGCACUUGUAUCCGAUAUUGUGGCGGAGACUACUGGUAGCAGUAUGGUACAUGACCAACCAGGGUUCACAGUGUACAGUGGAAUGUUGUCUGUUGGAGCUUGCUUUGGAUAUUUGUUGACAGCUCUUGACUGGGAUAAUCUGGGGAUAUCUGUAGGGAACCGUGAGCAGACUGCGUUCCUUCUAGUUCUCUUCCUUUACCUAGUCUGCUGCUGUAUCACCAUGAUAUAUGCUGUAGAAACCCCUUUCCUCCAGGGGGCACUAGACAUAACUAAGUCCGGAUUAACUGAGACUGAAAGUGAUCCUGGAUAUGAGUCCGAUGAGAUCCUAUUCUCUGGGAAGAAGAUGGAGAAUAUGGAACUGUUGAACCGAGGGAAGGAACGACCAGUUCUCCGAGCUGUUGAUGUAUCUCUACCACUACCUAACCUGCCAGACCUGAGCACUCCUCUCUCCUCCCUACAUCUCAGGGAUUGCAGGAUAUCAAGGAUACCGGCCACUCUACUCAAGAUAAUUAAACAUUUUGUAUAUCUACCCCUGACAUACUACCAGACUAUUCGAGCUGCCCCUCCUGUACUCUUCAACCUGUUUAUAGCAGAUCUGUUCAGUUGGAUUGCAAUUAUGGCGCAUGGCAUGUUUUAUACAGAUUUUGUUGCUACGGCUGUGUAUGGAGGUCAACCUGAUGCUCCCUCUGGGUCAGUUUAUGAUAUUUUAUUUGACGAGGGAGUGAGGAUGGGGUCCUGGGGUCUCCUGCUCCAUAGUGUUACAGCUGGGAUCUACGCUGUAUUUAUCCAAGAACAUGUGACCAAUGCGUUUGGUUUGCGUAUCUCUUAUCAGAUUGGUCUCAUCGUAUUCUCAGUAUCAAUGGGGGCCACGGUUAUGCUAUCAUCAAGUUUGAGUUGGUUGAAUCUAGCAGCUGCUGGAAGUGGACUUGGGUAUGCUGUAGUGACCACUAUACCGAAUACGUUAGUUACGAUGUACCAGGAGAACCAUUCACUUUACUACGGUCCUAAUGUCAGGGGAGGAGUAGGAGAAGCAAUUGCAAUAUUAGACAGUGGAUAUUAUCUAUCACAGAUAUGCCUAUCCCUUGUAAUGGGACGAUUAGUAGAAAUGACUGGUUUACCACACUACUAUAUAUAUAUACAUUAUUCUACUAGAUAUGCCUAUCCCUUGUAAUAGGACGACUAGUAGAAAUGACUGGUUUACCACACUACUAUAUAUAUAUAUACAUUAUUCUACUAGAUAUGCCUAUCCCUUGUAAUGGGACGAUUAGUAGAAAUGACUGGUUUACCACACUACUAUAUAUAUACAUUAUUCUACUAGAUAUGCCUAUCCCUUGUAAUAGGACGAUUAGUAGAAAUGACUGGUUUACCACACUACUAUAUAUAUACAUUAUUCUAUUAGAUAUGCCUAUCCCUUGUAAUGGGACGAUUAGUAGAAAUGACUGGUUUACCACACUACUAUAUGAUUGUUUCCUGCUUGGCUGGUAUACUCGCUACUAUGCUGACAUCGAAGGUUGUAUUCAACAGCAACGAUAUGAAUAAAAUAUAAGAUAUCCUAGAAACAAAUAUAGCAAGGGUUAGUAAGUUUCAGUUUCUAUUAUUUAAUUUAAUCCAUCCCAGCAAAAAAUUAUCCAGUAUCCAGUAUUCUAUGUUCAUUUUCACGUAUCCAGUGUUCCAUGUUCAUUAUCAAGUAUUCAGUGUUCCAUGUUCAUUAUCAAGUAUCCAGUGUUCCAUGUUCAUCAUAUUAUCCAGUGCCUCAUGUUCCAUGUUCUUGUUUAAUAACCAGUAUCCAGUGUUUUAUGUUCAUUAUCUAGUAUGUAUCUACUAUUUAGCGAAAUUCAUACGAAUACGAAUCUCUGAUGCAAAUAAAUAAUAUAUAACUUUUUU